AUGGGAAAGGAUCUGAGCGACGACCAAGUAUCGUCAAUGAAGGAGGCGUUCACUCUCUUCGACACCGACAACGACGGCAAGAUCGCUCCUUCGGAACUCGGGAUCCUAAUGCGAUCGCUCGGAGGCAACCCGACCCAGGCCCAACUCAAAUCCAUAGUCGCCGAGGAGAAGCUCACGGCCCCCUUCGACUUCCCUCGCUUCCUCGACCUCAUGGGCAAGCACAUGAAGCCCGAGCCCUUCGAUCGCCAGCUCCGCGACGCCUUCAAGGUCCUCGACAAGGAUUCCACCGGCUUCGUCUCGGUCUCGGAGCUCCGGCAUAUCCUCACCAGCAUCGGCGAGAAAUUGGAACCAUCCGAGUUCGACGAGUGGAUCCGGGAGGUCGAUGUCGGGUCCGAUGGAAAGAUCAAAUACGAGGACUUCAUUGCCAGAAUGGUGGCCAAGUGA